AUGGCAAAGAUGGAUUUCUGCGAGGUAAUUGUCGAAAGUAUUAAGGAAGGAGCCAAGAUAUGGCAGAAGCACAUGUUGUUGCCUCAGGAAGAAAAGAACAAAAAACAUCUCAAUGGUUUAGCACAGGGACCAGUAAUAAUGUACCUCGACUCCCUGCUGCUGCCGACCGACACAAUAGAAAUGCGCAAGAUUGCAAAGACAAUGGACAAGACAUCAUUACCGCGAGCAAACCACCUAAAAGAGAGUGACCUAAAGAAAAUAGCUAGAGCAGACAUGAAAAGGGACGGAAAAGCACGACCAGAUGACUAUGAAUUUGGCAAGAUAAAGACAUGGAAAGGAACAACAGAGAGGAUCUUCUAUGCCAGCACAAUAACACCUUCGUAUUCAAUACAGAUGAUACCAGCACAACAACAGGAGCACCAGCAGACGAUGAAGCUACUGCCACCUCCAACCAAGCGCCAGGACGAAGCACAUGUCAGCACGAGUGGAAGCAAGGAACCAGUCACAGGCACCAGCACAGGAUCAUAUGAAAUAUUCGGAAGGAUAGAAGAAACGUUGAAACAAGUGCUCGACGAAACAAAACAGAUACCGGGAAUAAAGACCAGGGCUGGACACCAAUGCAGCGAACAAGAGGAGGAAUUAGAUGAAAACAUGAAGAACUCAGUGGUGCAACAAACAACGGCCCUGAUUGAUUCUCUCGAACAACUUAGAAAAUUUCAGGACAUUGUUUGCAGAGUGAGCUUACCAGAAGAGACGACGCUGAAGUUGCAGGAUGGAGCAGACGCAGGAGCCACAGCUGCACUUGGACACGGCAAGAGAACGCCACCAAAACAUAAAGGCCAACAGCAGCAUGUCGUCAAGAACACCAAGCAAGAGGAUGGAAGCAAUAGAACAAGCAACCCAACAACAGAUGAUGCUCCCUCAAGAGCGUCAACAGGAGCAGUACAAGAGACGAACAGGAUCGGAGGCAGCAAAGACGUAUUACAAGCACACCAAAGAGAAGAGGAUGCCCAUGCAAUACAGAAUGUUGAUAUAGAAGAGCUCUUCAGCACAAGAGCAUUUCAGAUGACCGAUACAGGGGAGAAAGCCUCAGACACUGCACCUGGUGACACACCCAAGGCUGGUAUACAAAGCGAAGAAAAAGUGGACGCACAAACGGAUAUCCCAACCACCGGCGCAAAGCCACAAGACAAAAACGACGACACCACGGAUGAACAAAACGAAAAAGAUCCAGAGGAGCUCCAAAAACCUCCACUCAAAGAAGAAAAGCUCGAAGAGGCAGCACCGGCGGAAACGACUGAAAAGAAACCUCAACAAGACACGCACGCAGACACAAGCAAAGAAGUAAAGGGCCACGGUGCAUUGGAAGACCAUGCAGCAAACAUUCCAGAGAGAAAGUCAGACAACAACAAGAAAAAGGCCGCACCAUCAGACAAGAAACAUUGUGCUAUAAAAGAUGUUGCCGCCACAAACACGACGGUAAGCCAGGACGGCACUCAAAUAGAACGUGAACCAUUGAUCAUACAAAACCUGGCUAUCGAAGAAGGCACAAAAGAUGAAGGGAUCGAACGCCUGUACAACAACGUCAUGACAGUGAAUAAGGACAAAGGACUCGACUGUGCGUUCUAUAUGUUCAUGAACGCAAAGCACUACACCGACGGUGGAGAAACAGUGUACCUAACAGAAGAACAAGUCCCAGAGUUGAGGAAGAAAAUUCUCUAUCAAAUAAUCAGCCAAUACAGAGAUACGGCCGCACUGUCAUUAAUCAACUACACCAAAGAAGAGAUUCCUCCAACUCCCGAGCACAUUGGGACGAGCGCUCAAGAGAUACAUGAUAUUGACAUUAAUGACACAAGCAGCGAUGAGGAGAAAGAAGAUUAUCAUGUGAGCAUCAAGGAUACCACCAAAGCGUCUGAAGAAGCACUCACGGAAGAACAAGCCCAGACAGAUGCUGGUUUACAGAGGGAACAACACGCGCAGCCAGACACUGAUUUACAAAAAGAAGACGAACAGAAAGAUCCACCGAUAGAACCAGACAGACCACCCCCAAAUAAAAAGACAGAAGACAUAACAGGAUCUACUUUAGAAGGUGAUAACAGGACAAAGAGCGUACGAACUAGCCAACAAGAGCUUUCCAAACAGAACAAGAACCUUGUUGACGAAGAUCGCAAACCAGGAACAUCACCCGAGGUGAAACAUGCACAAGAAGAAAAGAAGCAGAAAGAGAAGGAUUUAAUAGAAAAGAUACUUGAACAGAGGAAACACGAUGCUGCAAUCUCAGUAGAACCGAGCAUCAAAAACAAUAGCACACAAAAGGAAUCACCAACACCUAGGCAGCCUAAUGAGCAGGCGCAGUUAGGCCACGACAAGAAAAAGCACAUUCUGGGUUUAAAGGAUAAAAGAAAAUCUAUGAAGAACUUCAGAGUUGAUUUCACACGAGAAAAGGAUGUCCUGGUUCCUUUGUUCCUUAAGAAAUGUCAAUCAGAGAAGCUCAAAACAGCAAAAAUGGUAUCAUUGCCAUUUGAAAAGGAAGACCGAUACACACUAUUGGUGCUCGACAGAUAUAGAAGGAAGCUUCAAAUCAUCGAACCUGAAGAAACCUCUCUUGAAGAAUUGAAGAAGCAAGAAUACCUGAAAAAUCAGCGUGAUCGACACGUGCAUGAUGGCAAACUAAUUAAGCAGAUUGCUAACAUGGAAAACAACGAAGCCAUCAAAGAAAAGGAGCAUAACAAAUACCACUACCAUAAAGACAAACUGGUUCCCAGGGAAGUUUUUAUAGGAUGGCACGGAACAAUGGAAAGCACAACAACUGUGCAAGCUACUAUUUAG